AUGGAGGAGGCGAUGCAGCAACGCAGCAGCCAUGACGAGCUUGACGAGCUCGUCGACAAAAAGGAAGCUUGGGGCAGUAGCUGGUCGAAGAAGAAGAUGCCAGUAAUGGGGGUCAAUUGGCCUUCAAUGGCGGACGAGGGAGGGGCUGUUUGGAGUGAGAUUGAGGGUGAGAAACCAUGGUUGGCUAGAGUUUGGGGUGAAGGCAUUGAGUUACAACAUACAUCUGAUGCACCUUCUUCACCAGAGGAGCAUAUGCAGACACUUGGAAACUUUGAGCCCACUGUACUUGAUAAUUCUGAACCUUCUGCUGAACUUCAUGUCUCUGAUGCAGUCAGUGAUGAACCUCCCACAAGUUGUAGGAGAUCUUCCAGACCAAGCAAGCCUCCCACAAACAAUCUCAGCUUACUCAGCAGUUCAGAACCAUCUUCCUUCAAGGAAGCUGCAUCUGAUCCUAGGUGGAUAGAAGCCAUGCAACUUAAGCUACAUGCCUUGGAGGAUAACAAUACAUGGUCUGUUGUAGACCUACCUCCUGGCAAGACACCUAUUAGUUGUAGGUGGGUGUUCAGGAUCAAAUAUAAGGCUACUGGUGAAGUUGAGAGGUUCAAGGCUCGACUGGUAGCUAAGGGUUAUAGUCAAAGAGAAGGUCUGGACUAUGGAGAAAUUUUCUCACCAGUGGCCAAGAUGGUCACAGUGAGAUCUGUUGUUGCUGUUGCUGCCUCAAAGCAUUCAAGAGUUGGGGAUGAUAUUGUGAUCAUACUUGUGUAUGUAGAUGAUCUUUUAAUUACUGACAACAACCAUAAGCUGCUAUGUGACACAAGGCUGGAUCUUCAAGGCAGGUUCAAAAUAAAGGAUCUGGAAGAACUAAAGUUCUUUCUAGGAAUUGAAUUUGCAAGGUCAAACAAGGGGAUCCUAAUAAGUCAGAGGAAAUAUGCUUUAGAGUUGAUCUCUAAAGCAGGCCUCAGUGGAGCAAAGCCAGCUAGCACACCUAUGGAGCUCAACCAAAAACUGACCAUUGUAGAAUAUGAUCUGUCCUUCAGAAAAGAAAAUGCCACUACUGAUGAAGUGCUAAGAGAUCCUGGUAUCUAUCAAAGACUGGUUGGGAAAUUGCUGUAUCUAACUAUGACCAGAACUGAUAUCUCCUUUGCACCUGGUUUAGGAUUACUUAUGCCCGCAGAAGACAUAAAGAAUCUGACUGCCUACUGUGAUUCUGAUUGGGGAGCUUGUGUACAAACAAGAAGAUUAGUAACUAGUUAUCUGGUGAAGUUUGGAAAUGCCUUGGUAUCCUUGAAAUCCAAGAAGCAAAGUACUGUCUCUAGAAGCUCAGUUGAAGCAGAAUUCAAGAGCAUGGCUUCCUGUGCAACAGAGAUCACUUGGUUGAUAGAGUUAUAUACAAAACUAGGAAUCAAAGUUAGUCUGCCUGUGAAGUUCCAAAUGUCGAACAACGAACUUGGAAACAUAUCUUUGGGAGAGGUGGAUGUCGAAGAGGUGCAACUUGAUGAAAUGCCUCAAGCUCCACAACAAAACCGCCGAGGCCGUGAGAAACAAGACAAUGUGCUUCCACCUCCCCCACCUCCACCAUCUCCAUAA